AUGAUAACUGCUGAUAAGAAGCAAUGGAAGAAAAGCCAGUUGAUCGGAGGCAAUGCACCACAGCCAUUAUCGCCACCCGAGGAGCUUCCAUGGCUUUCCUCGAAUUCACCGCUCAGUUUGAGGAAUGCACGACUGCGACACAGCUCAGAUCCGGGAUGUUCAGACUCGAACAGUGAUCUCGACGAGGUACUUUGCUUUCUUGGUUGCGGGCAACAUACUGUGAAUGAAUAA